AUGACUAAAAACAAAGUUUUUGAAAUUAUAAAAACAGUUGACUGUCAUUUAUUUGAGCUUCUCAAUAGUUUGAUGUGCUCUAUAUGCCAUGAUUUAUUAUUGAAGCCACUAUCAACUCCAUGUGGACAUUAUUUUUGCAAUGACUGCAUAAAAACAUUUUUGUUUGAUAAAAACAACAGUGGUUGCCCACUAUGUAAAAAUCCCAUUAAGAUACAAUCACUCAAAAGCAAUAAGUUGAAGUCGAAACUUAGUGAAAUUUGCAGAGUAAUACCAUCUGCAUUUUUAAACGAUGUGAAAGAUUUAAACGAUUUAUUAAACAUUGAUACUGAGGAUGAUGUAAAAACCUUAAAAUUACCCUCGGUUUUUUAUCAAAAAAAUGAUAGUGGUAAAAAACAGGGUAAAUAUUAUGAAAGAAAAGACAUUCGUAAACACACAAAACAAAAAUAUGAUGAUGCAUCAUCACUUGAGAAGACGGAAAAUCUGGUUUCGGUCGUUACAAAAAACGGCGAAACAUCUUUCUUAAAAGGCGAAAUAUCAAAUGAUACCUUGCCAUUCAAUGCAUGUGCGUCAGACGUGAAACGCAAUGCUUUUGAUACCUUAAAAGCAAAGAAAACAGAUGAUGAAAUCGAAAAGGACGCCAGUAUAGAAAAAGUAAAUUCAAUCGGUCGGAAAAAUGUUGAAAACGAUUUUAGGAAAGAUUCGAAAAAAUCGAAAAACGAUACCGGAAAAAUAAAAAAUGAAUCGGAAAACAUCAUCAUUCAUUCUCAAAAUGCAGGUUCGGAUUCAAACAAAAGCAAUGUCAAAACUUCAUCCAUGAUAAGGAUCGACUACCAUAAAUCGGAUAAAUCUCAGGGAAAGGUGUAUAGAAAUUUUAAAGAGAAAAUGCAAAAAAAUACGCAUUCAGACGAAUUUACUUCAAUUCGAAAAUUCAACAACAAAAAUUCGUCGAAAAAAAAAUUUUCUCCCAAUCACGUGGAAUGUGAAACUGGCAAGUCAACGGAUUCUUUCGAUCAGCAUGAUAAGGAAAAAAAUCCAAGUGUUAUCAAAAAAAUAUCUGAGAAAUGUUUCUCAGGAACGAGGGAGGAAAAAGGAGAAAAUGAUCAAAAUAGUAAUGCGGCAAACGUUUUCGUAAAAAACCACGAAGAUUUUAAUGAAAAAAAUUCGCGGUCGUUAAUCCACGUUCCUAAUUUUGAAUUCGAUGACGAUCGAAACAGGGAAACGUUGGGGAAAAAAGAAAAGGUCGGUGGUAUAUAUAAUGACGAAACGAAAAAUAAUAUCAUGAGUUCAUCGUCAUCACAUUUAGAUUUUGAAAAUUUAAAAAGUCAAGAAGCGGUGGAAAUAGAAACAUCACUGGAUGAUUACCUAAGACGGAAAUCGUCGGAAAAAACACUCGGUGAAAAAAAACAGGAAUGUAUCGCCGUCAAGACCACAAAGUUGAUGACCCUACUGGAAGAAUUGAUGAAAGGUGAAAAAAUUAAUUCGAAUUCAACAUUUUCGCGAAAUUCGUUCAAAGAUAAGGUAAGGGAUUUGAAUGCGGUAAAUGAAAAUACAAUUCACGGCAAAACCGAAACUUCACUCGAUAAUCACACGUCUACGAGUAACGUAAAUGAAAAUGUUGAAACGAAUAGAAAAACUUCAAAGCCGAUCGAAGGGAAUAACGUCCGAUUAGAAAUUUCUAAUGAAUUAUCUCAAUCUUACGGCGACGACUCGUUUCGAAAAAAUUCAUCGGAAUACAAUAGCAAAGUCGAUAAUAAAUUCACAAACGAUUCAUUUGAAAAUUCACAAACGAAAUUUGGAACGCCGUCAUACGAUUUUUUUAAAAAAAUUUACGGAAACGAGUCAUUUUUCAUAAGUUUCCUCCAGCUCGGCCGUUUGACUCCGUCAAACAAAAGAUCGAAAUCAUCCGUUGUAAAAUUAGUUUUUCCCCUGGGGUUCAAUUCGCUAUUUAAAAAGAGAGCGGCGUCAUUAAAAAAAAAAUCCAUGAGUCCCCGCAUUUCGGAAAAUUCUCGGGAAAUUUCAGAUACGAAUCGAGGAGUUGUUAAAGCGUCGGCAAUCGCUCAAAUAUCGCCUAAUUUUAAUUCUGUCGAAACUCAAACAAUUCAAUCCCCGUCUUGUUCUCCGCGAAGGAGCGAUUUUGAAAAAAGGAUCGAGUUUUUCGAUGAGACUCUCCCGAAUCGUCCAAAAUAUUCCGUUCGAAAAAGUAAUAGUAUUCAUGAAUGUACCGAUAAAAAAAAUGAUUUUUUCUCUGUCGCCGGUAAAGAGGAGUUCUCGCGAAAAACGAAAAGUGAAAAAAUUGUUACGGGUAAAAAAAGAAAUUGCCAUUCGCCCGAACGAGGCUCCGUUCCCUCGAAACAUAGAAAAAUGGAAGAAAUAAUAAAAAAAAGUGAAAAUUUUGAAAAAUUACAAUCCGAAAAAAUGAAUUCGGUCGAACGCGUUUCCUCAAAAAAUUUAUUUAAAAUUGAAAUUCCCCCGUCGUACAAGUUCAAGGCCGAAACCAACGUGAACGAAUCAAAAGACAUUUUUCGUGCGGAGGAAAAAAGUCUAGACGAAAACGUUUUUUCCAAUUCUACGAAACAAAUGAUUUCUCUUAAAAAUAAUAAUAAAAUUAACGAGAAAAUAUUCAAUUCGAAAAAAUAUAUCGACGGUGGAGCAGUCGAAAGACUCGUCCCGGAAAAGAAUCGAGGAAAUGAUUUUGGAGUAGCAAACGCGGGUACCAUUGAAAAACAAAGAAUAAAGGAAAAUGAAGGAAACUGUAAAGCAAUCGUCGAAGAGAAUGAAAAAACUGACGACGAAUCCGAUUCUGAUUUUUUCGUCGAGCAAACUCCUCCAAGGUGUAAUUAUUUAAACCUCGACGAAAAUAAAUUACACAAAUCCCGUUCGUUUAAUAAAAAUUCUAGUAUUUCGGAAAGUUCAAAAACGAAAUCUAAACUUAAUGGGAAAAAAUUAUCGGACGCGGAAAAUUCAGAUUUUGGUGUCGUCGGUCCUGUCAAAUCCUCGUCCAAACUCGAAGAAGACGCGAGUAAGGGAACAACGGAAAAGUCCGCCGUACAAAAAUCAAAUUUUAACAACAUGAAAUACGAACGUCAAUCAAAAGGAUAUGAUAAUUUUCGAGUUUCUUUUUGUAAAUCUCCCGCGAACGAGGGAUCCGAAAAAGAAUAUUGCAUAGUUGCGAGCAGCCUGAAAAAUCCGGAUACGGUUAAAAAAUUCACGUCAAUGUUCGACGUGAAAUUUUCGGAGAAACCAACGAAAAACAUGACUCAUCUCAUCGUGGGCAUGCACGAGAGCGAAGAUGGAGAAAUCCUACCACUUUGCACUCCGAAAUUCCUGUACGCCUUGGCCAAUAAAAAGUGGAUCGUGAGCGAAUCUUGGGCGGAAACAUGCAUAAAAUAUAAGACCAUAGUUUCGGAAGAAUCAUUUGAAACUUGCGAUCCAAUCGGAGGACCGGGAUGUCGAAACGCGAGACUUUCCAAUGAUAAACUUUUCAAAAAUUGUGAAAUACACUUAUUUGGAACUUUUGAAAACAUAUCCAAGGAAGAAUUAUCUGGUCUUAUAUUGGAUUCCGGAGGGAAGUUGGUGUCAAAACCAGAGAAAUUUUCAUUUUCUCCUCAAGUAAUACGAAUGAUAAUAGCGGACAAAGAUUGUUUAAAUUUGAGUCCGACCGAAUUAAAAGGUGAAUAUUUAUUUUACGAGUAUUUUUAA